AGGCUCUCGACUAGUGCGAUUAGUGCGACUUAUUUCGUCGAAAGAUUAACAACAUGGCAGAGAAUGCUAACAAUCCCUACGACAUUAAUGGGCAACAUUUUAAUUCUGACAUGUAUUUCCAAAAAUUGUUAAAGGAAUGCACACUAAAGCAAAUUAUGGAUCAUGAAGCAGAAAUCAUAAAAAACACUCAAGCUUUACAUUCAGACAUGCAGACUUUAGUAUAUGAAAAUUAUAAUAAAUUUAUAUCUGCUACUGACACCAUACGCAAAAUGAAGACAGAUUUCAAGGAGAUGGAAGAUAACAUGGAUCUCUUGGCAAAAAAUAUGGAAAGCAUUACCUCUUUUUCAGAGCAGAUCUCUUCAACUUUACAUGGAACAAGACAACAAAUUGCUAAACUAUCCUCUGUACACAGCCUGUUGAAAAAAUUGCAGUUUCUUUUUAAACUCCCUAGUAAUCUUAAGGAUAAAAUAAAUGAAGAAAAAUAUGCAGAAGCGGUUCAAGAUUAUGUUCAUGCACAAAGAGUUUUAAAUCAGUAUAGCAACAUGCCAUCCUUUCAAGGCAUCCAAAAAGAUUGUGAAGACAUUUUGGAAGAAUUAAAAUCUAAACUCAGAUUACGGUUUCAUAAGAGAGACGCCUCUACUAAGGCUUUAGCCGAAAAUAUUGAUCUUUUGUUACAAUUAAAGGAACCGGCUGAUUCAUUAUAUACUGAAUUUUUGAUACAUGCUGAAGGAAGAUUAACAGAACAAUUAGAUAUUUUGAAAGAUAUGUGUGAAAAUGACAUUAUAGAGUUCGUAGACAUGGCUUCUUCAGGAUUUCUUAGUGAUUUAUGCUUAAUUGUGACGUCUUACAAUGAUAUGUUCAUAAAUCGAACACUAGAAGAUAAUGAUUUAAUUGAUAAUUUUGAAAUAAAAGCUGUGGAUUAUUUGAAUAUAUUCAUUGUAAACAAUAUGAAAAAAUAUUUUGAUUUGAUGAGCAAAAGAGUGGAGGAUGUAGCUGAUACAGCAAUUUUGGUGAGAGCUCUUGAUAGAUUUCAUCGCAGGUUGCAAGCUAUGAAAAUGUUGUCCAAGGAAACAGAUUUCGCUAGAAUGGGCACUGAUCUUGUUAUAAAUGCUGGUCGAAAACAAUGUCGCAACCAUUUACAUAGUUUAAAACAACACUUAAACGAAAUUUUAGCAAAAGUAAGGCAGACUUUAGCUACUAAAAUCACACAAGACGGUGAUGGAGGUUUAGCGGAACUUCAAGCUAUGCUCAUUAUGCCCACUAUAGAAAAAAUUAAAGGAGUUCUGCAGGAUUUAUUGGUAUUUUUACAGCCAGACUUGUCAUUCAGUUUAAAAACACAAUUUUUGCAAAGUUUCUGUAUAGACGAAGUGAGAGAAGGAUUAGUAAUCGGUUUUUUACAUUAUCUUACUGCCACAGUAGCUGGAUUUUGCAAUGGAUCAGAUGUGCCCAAAUUUCCACCCACUUUAUUACUUCUACUUAGCAAAAUGUGCAUAGAGUAUAAGGAGAGCAACGUCCGUUAUCUGCUCACGACCAUUGAUGACCUUUUUAGUAUCGAUCAAUACACAUCUUCAGAAAAUAUUAUAACUCCUGGAUCAGAAAUGUGUGACUCUUUUCAAAAGGCUGCACAGAAUUUGUUAAACCACUAUGUGCGAAUUCAGGGAUUGACAGUGUCCCAAAUGCUAAGGAAAUCCGUAGAGACUAGGGAUUGGUUGCACACGAUUGAACCUAGAACUGUAAGAGCCGUUAUGAAGAGAGUUGUCGAAGAUGUAACUGCUAUUGACGCACAAGUUGCUGCUUUAUACGAUGACAAUGAUGGUCAAAUUGACAGAAGCAGCGACAGCAGUAGGAAAACCCACAGUGUUAGCAUAUCUAGGCACCAUUACAGAUCAAAUUGGUCAUCCUAUACGCCUAGCCAUAUCGAUUCUUCUUUAGUAACGAAUAUCCAUAAACUGUUCUCUGAACGAAUUGAAAUAUUCUCAUCUGUACAAUUCAACAAGGCGUCUAUACUAACAGGAAUCAUCAAAAUAAGCUUAAAGACUUUUCUCGAAUGCGUAAGAUUGCGAACGUUCAGCAAGUAUGGUUUACAACAAAUUCAAGUGGACACUCAUUAUUUACAACUUUAUUUAUGGCGAUUUGUGUCAGAUGAAAACGUGGUUCAUUUUUUGCUGGACGAGAUUUUAGGUAGUGCAGUACAUAGAUGUCUGGAUCCUGUUUUGAUGGAGCCGAGCGUAGUGGAUAUUAUUUGCGAAAGAGGUUAAAUUAUGAACAAUUACAAAUUAUCUUGUACAAUCUAUUAUAGAAGUAUGUCAUAGUUAUUAAAUAUGAAAUAUGAUUUAUAGAAAUGUCGUGAAAUGAUAAUUAUAAUAUUAUGUAUAAUGAUUAUAUAUAAUGAGUUAUAAUAUUAUGUAUAAUAACAAUAUUUAUAUAGAGGGAAGUUUCCGAUACUGA